CGUCUCGCUUGGAUCUCUGACAUUGCCAAACAUCGAGGUGAGAACAUGGGUUGCGAUAUUUCCUUGAGAGUUCAAUUACGAGGGGGGGGGAGGGGGAGAGGUUGGAUUUAAUGAAUUUGUUAAGUUCUGUAGAUUCUAAUGUGGUGACAUAUGGGCCUUGUAGGCUCGUGUGGUCACCCAAUCCCGACGCAAAGUUUUCUGUCAGCUCUAUGUAUAGGUUCUUUGUGAGCAAUCUUUUCCCGGGAAGGCCUGAGUUUCCGGCUGACUCUGUGUGGAGGAAGCUGAUCCCUUCCAAAAUCAACGCAUUCAUGUGGAUUGUAGCACACAAGAAGAUCCUUACCCUUGAUAUUUUGCAGAGAAGGGGAUUGGCCAUUGCUAACAUAUGUGUUAUGUGUUGUAAGGAGGAGGAAUCGGCUGAUCAUUUGCUUGUGGAUUGCGAGUUUACUAGUGGCGUGUGGAACGAGCUGAAGAAGGCGCGUAGCCUUACUCUUACCCCGAAUAGAGACAUAAUCACUACCAUUCGCUCAUGGAAUGCAGAUUGUCCUACCGACCUCAAUGGAUGGAUUGUGUAUUGUGCCCUUCAUUCUAUUUGUUGGCAGGUGUGGCUUGAGAGGAACCAACGAACAUUCAAUGAUUGUUGUCUACCACCCACUGCUGUUUAUAAGAAGGCUAUGCAUGCUGCUGUGGAAUGGCUAGUGGCUUUUGGAAAAAUCAGCAGAGAUCAAGCCAAGUGGUGGUUAAGAACUUAUCUUAAUGUUUAGCAGGUGAUGCUGUUACAGGGAGCUGGAUGGUGGAGGUGGGCUGUGAAUGAUCAGCGACGGGCUGGGGGUAUGUGGCCGCGCAACCGCUUUCUUUGCAUCUUUUUUUCUGGGACGUUGUAUCCCUGCCCGCUCGGCGAGUUUCGUUGGGUAUCUGCUGUCUUUUGUGGUUAUUUUGUUCUCUGUUUUUCUGGUUGCAGUGGCUUCUUGGUUUGUCCGGCAACUUUGUGUGUGUUUUUUUAAUUUUUUUCAUCCUUUUUUGCUUCCCUUUGUCUCGUUAGUGUCUCUUGCUCGGAUUGCACUGCUUGUGCUCCUGUUUUUUCUUUUGUUCAGUUGUUGUUUGACGCGAACUGGGUCUUGUUCUCCUUUUUUCACUUUUAAUGCAACUAUCACCAUUAUAAAAAAAAAAAAAAAAC